AGAAGAAAGAGAGACAUGAGAGAGAUAGGGCCGUGGCAGUGAAUGUCUAUUUUAGGUUUACAAAGCAAAGUAAUAGCAAAAGAAAAGAAAAAGGAGAGAUUUUUUGUUUUCUCUUCUCCCUUCGGCAAAGAAAGCACCGACAACAUUGGUGGUGCAGGAGUGUCUUCAGUGAAGCCAGGAACACGAUUUUAGUCUACUUGAAAAUCUUGGCACAUCAGAAGGAAAAGAGACUGGAGAAAAUCAAAAUGUAUGGAGAUUGUCAAGUCAUUUCAUCUAUGGGAGGGAAUGUGGUUUCUUCAGAAACCCUAUUUUCAUCUCCUAUUCAAAACCCUAAUUUCAACUUCUUGCCUUUCCAACCUUUACCUCCUAUGUUGCCUAAAGAAGAAAAUGAGCUAUUGCUGAGAGGGAAAGAGGGAAUGGACAAUGGGUCUGGGAGUGAACAAGUCGAAGAGAAGUCAGGGAAUGAGCAAGAGAGUAAUGAGCAACCUCCCAAGAAGAAACGUUACCAUCGACACACUGCUCGCCAGAUCCAAGAAUUGGAAGCUGUUUUUAAGGAACGUCGCCAUCCUGAUAACAAGCAAAGGAUGAAACUGAGUCAAGAACUUGGCCUUAGGCCUCGCCAAGUCAAGUUUUGGUUCCAAAACCGCCGCACUCAGAUGAAGGCACAACAAGGUCGAUCUGAUAAUGUGAUACUUAGAGCUGAGAAUGAGUCUCUCAAGAAUGAGUUUUACCAGCUUCAAGGGGAACUCAUCAAACUUGCUUGUCCAAAUUGUGGUGGUCCAGCUGUGACUGGAGGGGUUUCCUUCGAAGAACUUCGGACAGAGAAUGCACGACUUAGAGAAGAGCUGGAGUGGGUCAGUGCUAUUGCGUCACGAUAUAUUGAGAAGCCAAUCCAAACAAUGAGUGCAGCUCCUGCAAUGAUGCCGCAUUUGGAUUUGGAUAUGAGCAUAGAUCCAAGGCAUUUUACAGAGCCUAUGGUUUCCUGUGCGGAGAUGAUGCCUGUGCCUAUGUUGCCAGAAACAGCCUCCUACCCCGAGAAUAAUAAUCUAAUUUUAAUGAACGAGGAAAAAACUGUUGCAAUGGAGCUUGCUAUGUCUUCCUUGGAUGAACUUGUGAAGAUGUGCAGAGCAAAUGAGCCUCUUUGGAUCCGAAACAACGAAAAUGGGAAGGAAUUACUUAAUCUUGAAGAACAUGCCAGGGUGUUUCAUUGGCCAUUAAAUCUCAAGCAGUGCUCAACUAAGUUCCGGACUGAAGCUAGCCGUGAUAGUGCGGUCGUUAUAAUGAAUAGCGUCACUUUGGUAGAUGCAUUCCUUGAUGCCAACAAAUGGACCGAACUCUUUCCAUCUAUUGUUGCUGGAGCAAAAAGUGUUCAAGUUAUAUCACCAGGUGUAUCAGGAACAAAUGGUUGCCUUCAGCUGAUAUAUGCAGAAUUGCAAGUUCUAUCUCCAUUGGUACCCACUCGAGAGGCUUAUUUUCUUCGAUAUUGCCAACAACUAAAUCUGGACGAUGAAACUUACUGGGCAAUUGUUGAUUUCCCCUUCCAUGGCUUUCAUAGUAACUUACAGUCUUCCUUUCCCCUAUACAUGAGAAGGCCCUCUGGCUGUUUAAUUCAAGACAUGCCUAAUGGCUACUCAAGGGUCACCUGGCUUGAACAUGCAGAGAUAGAGAAGAAACCUGUCCAUCAGCUAUUUAGCCACUUUGUUUACAAUGGGAUGGCUUUUGGAGCACAUCGUUGGUUAGCUGUUUUAGAGAGACAAUGUGAGAGGAAUGGUAGCCUCAUGGCCAGAAAUAUCACGGACUUGAGAGUGAUACCUUCUCCGGAAGCAAGGAAGAAUUUAAUGAGGCUUGCUCAAAGAAUGAUAAGAACAUUCUGUGUCAACAUCAGCACUUCCAGUGGUCGUUUGUGGACAGCUCUACCAGAUUCCUCGGAUGAUACUGUUAGAAUCUCAACUAAGAAAGUCACUGAACCUGGCCAACCCAAUGGACUGAUUCUUUCUGCUGUAUCUACUACUUGGCUGCCAUAUCCUCACUACGAAGUCUUUGAUCUUUUGAGGGAUGAAAGCCGCAGAGCUCAGCUGGAGGUUUUUUCAAAUGGGAAUGCCUUACAUAAGGUGGCUCACAUUGCCAAUGGCGCCCAUCCUGGAAAUUGCAUUUCACUUCUUCGCAUCAAUGUUGCGAGCAACUCCACACAGCAUGUAGAUCUGAUACUACAGGAGAGCUGCACUGACCGAUCCGGUAGCCUUGUUGUAUACUCCACUGUAGAUGUUGCUUCCGUCCAGCUAGAAAUGAGUGGGGAGGACCCAUCCCACAUCCCAUUACUUCCCUUAGGCUUUUCCAUAACCCCAGUGGAACUCAUCAGAGAUGCUAGCAGUAAUGAGGGCAAAUCAGUCCCACCAUCUGAAAAGGCAAACGGACAUAUUUCAGGCAGUUUACUCACGGUUGGGCUUCAAAUUCUUGCCAGCACAAUUCCAUCAGCAAACAUCAAUUUCUCGAGCAUUGCUGCCAUCAACAACAAUUUAUGCACAACCGUUCACCAAAUCAGAGCUGCUCUCAGUAGCAACAGCACCCCUAGCUGCCCCGAUAAUGGAAAUGGUGUAGGCUCUUGCACUGAGGGUGGUGCUUCUGCACAAGAAAAAUAGUUCUGGUUCUUCCUGAAUUACCCAUAACAUCCCCAUUUUUUAUGAUUUUAAGAUGGGAAAACUAAUUGGGGAAGUUAUUGGUAAUUUAAUCGAAAAUCAGGUGGUGGAAUUGUCAAGUUAAUUAGUACCAGUCGUAAUAAUGUAUACGUAGUUGUUUAGGUAGUGAAAUUUUUUAUAAUAGAUGUGUAACAUUAGCUGUGGAUGAUGGAGGGUAAAAGGCUAAAAAGAAAUACUGUAUAUUGUCAAUGUAAUAGCUACAAGGAGUCAAGAGCGCACCAGCUGUGACCCUUGCUUUCUGGCAAGGCCUAAAGAUGAGUCCUCACUAAUUAGCAAGGGUGGUGGUUCGGGUAUUGACUUCUGCUUUGUUGCCCUCUUUUGCUUUUUCUGAAUUGAAUGCUAGUGCUAAUUUGUUCAAUCAUAUGUUUGCUGUCACUCCAAUUCUCACUAUUGAUAUAUGCUAAAGCCAGUGGAUUGGGUUUUUGCACCAAUUCUUGGAAUGAAGAGUUGUGAUUUGGAACCAGCUUUGGGCCUAAGCUCGAAUAUGGAGUUGAGAACAAAGCUUUGGGUUAAUAAUGGAUUUAUAAAUUAUAAUACCUCUCAAACCAUCUCAUAAUUAUAUGUUUCCGUCGCUCUCUUCCCAAUUCUUUUUUGAGGUAGAAACUGCUGUCUAAUAAAAACUCCAAAAGGCCCUUUUCCUUUCUUCCCAAUUUUCCUGGAGAUCCUUUUAAGGUGAAGGAAAAUGUUUUAUUCGAUGAUGGUUAAAGGGGUGUCGGUAAUUUACCUGAUCAACUUUUUCUCUACUAAAUUUUAAAUUUUGUAAGUGACUCAAAAUUUUUUGAAGUUAAACCGUGUCAAUCAACUUUGGUUUUUUGAAAUUAUAGCAUAUGUCCCACUAACAUGACCAUUUGUACAAAAACAUUGACAGGUUUGACAACUUUCCUCCAAAUUUCUGUUGUUUCAUGCAAUAGGAACUUUUUUGAGAGACAUAAAGAGAGGGAAUGGCAUUGGACAUUUGGACCAUAGGGCAUCACUUUCUUCUUUGAGGUUGAAACUGUUGUCCAAUCCUUGUAGAAAAUGGACACAACAAAUGUAAAUUAGGAAGAUGCAACAUCAAAAUCCAAGGCAAAGAUUCUAUAUUUCUAUGCUAAGGAAAAGGAUCGAUCCAAUCAAAUAGAAGCCAAAUCCAAGUAGUUGGGUUUCUUCGGAUUCAUCCGUUCAAAAAGAUGGCCUAACACUGUCAUUGUUUGUUUACUAGGUCAAAAUUGAAGAAGAAAAAGAAUAAAUUCUUGACGUCUUUGAGCAAAUCAAAUCAUUCACUCUAACAUUCUAGACAAAAAUAUAGUGGAAUUUGCAACCCAUCAAAAGCUAAAGAAUUGUGGGUUGACUCAUGGUAAAGACGUAUAUUUUUUUGGAACGGUUGUGCAUCUAAGUAAUCGAGCUAUAUAUAAUAAAUUGACCUUUUAACAUAAUUGAUUUAUCUAAAAAUUGGAAUUAUAAUCGGAUUAAAGUAAUAUGGUUUAUAUUAUUCUAUUAAUUAGGCAAUUUGGAUUUUAAUUUAUAAUAAUUGCAAUUUUAUUCAAAAUAAGAAGUCUCAAAUUAAAAUCUCGUAAUCCUAAUCAUACAGACAAUAUUCGUUCACAUAAGGCAAAUGCAUAUAUAGGAUCUUAACCUAAUUGUUUAAGCUGCAACUUAGGAAAAUAGCUGGCAAAAUUAGUGGUGACCAUCUCGAUUAGACCACCCAAUACUAGUAUCUUUCUGAAUUAAGUUAUUGCAAACUGGAUCAAAUUCAUCCAAACUCGAAUUUCAAACCAUAUGCAAAUGGUAAGAAAUUUAUGGGCAUAUUCCUUUUGAUCUCCCAAUAUUUGUUCGGGUUCCACCCAAAAUCUGUCAUUAAUCUAACAAAUCCAAAUUAUAUGGAACAUGGGUCUACAUUGAAGAGCUUUGAUUCCAUAAAAAAAAAAAUGAAAAUGGGUUUAAUUAAAUGUAGAAGGAGACAUGAUUAGCCAAUAAAAGAAAUGCUGGCAUGCUGAGCUGUAAGGGGAAUCAGAAAAUUAAAAUAUGAACAAGAGAACAAAGAUGGAAAUAAACAAAAACUAAAAGGUACAGCCGACAAAAUGACAAAUUGAGAAUCUUUAUGUUCUUUGGAGCCAAACCCAAAAUUGGCCUCUCAUUUUGUGCCUUGUCACAAACGACAGUAAGCUCAUAAAAUAAAGAUAAAACAAAGGAACCCCAUCCCCCUCCCAACUUUUCAGAUGUGGCACAGAAUUACAGGUGAGCUCUAUGUGGAUACAUGGUGGCAGCCAGCCACACCCAAAUGUGAACCCUCUAAAACUUUAUUUUAAAAAAAAUUUGGGUUUUGCUUUUGCUGCAUUUGGGUAUUUGGAGAAGAGCAACGCGGAGCUUUCCUUUGCCAUAAACAAUCUUUUUUCUUGUUCUUCAUUUACCCAUGUUUUUACCUUUGAUUAGAGAGGAGAAACCAUUGACCCAUGAGCUGAAAUUGAGGCAAAAAAGGAUAAACAAGUUGUUUAAAUUCAAAGAAAAUUUGGUCAGUGGAUUGAAACAAUGAUGGCUUGACUUUGUCAAAGCUAAUAAAGCCAUUUUUGCUUUCCAUGAAAAAUGAGCAAAUUUAAUGGUAGAAGUAGACUUGUUUCGGUAAGCUUUUCAGAGGUGUCGGCUAUGUUUGUUUGGGAGUGUCUUUUUUUGGUCAAGAGAUCAGCAUCUUCUUCUAAACCUUGUACUUUGUCUCCAUGUAUGAAAUCUAGGGAAGUAUAAGAAUAUCAUGUGGUGGACUGGUCGCUGUGAAAAUGAAAUUUGUGGGGAUUUUUUUUUACAAUUACUUUU